GUGUGAAGCGCGCGCUUCAGCAGUAGUAGGAGUGUUUGCAACUCGAGACACGACUUCACUCUUGUAAUACCCUCGUGAAGACCCAAAUCGCAUCGACUCAAAUCUAUCGGUUAUCGGUAUUUGUACCUGCAUAGCUGUACCCCGCUCAUCUCCACCCUUGCCUCACGUCAUCAUGGCUUUGAGGCGCGUAACUGCGUUGUCUAUCGUUCUUCUUGCCGUCCAAGCUCAGACUACGUCCUCUGCAUCUGCGUGUUCAACAAUUGCCGCACUGCAUGCCGCUCCUUCGGUGGCUCCGGGCUUUCGCGUACAAGUUGUGGCUAAUGGGCUGACUAGGCCGAGAGGCAUCCAAUUCGAUGCUGCAGGAGGGUUGUUGGUCGUGGAGCAGGCGGUAGGAAUUACAAGGCUGAGGCUGGCCGGAGAGGGGGCUUGCGUGCGGGUCGAGGGACAGGGGGUCAGGGUGGUUAGUGACGGGUCUCUGAACCACGGCAUUGCUCUCUCUCGGGAUGGGCGCACGCUCUACGGCUCUUCUGCGACUGACGUUUACGCCUGGAACUAUGAUGCUUCGCAAGGCAGCACUACAUCUUCUUCUCGAGUUGUUAUCGGAGAUUUGGGCGACGACGGCGGCCAUGAGACGCGUACUUUGCUCAUUACCCAGAACGUCCCAGAUAUGUUACUCGUGAGCCGUGGUAGCCUCGGAAACAUUGAUCCGUCCGCUUUGAACGUAUCUACGGGGAUCUCGACGAUCAAAGCGUUCAACAUGGCCAAUGCAACAGGCUCUGAGUACUCAUACAUCGACGAUGGACUGCUGCUCGGUUGGGGAUUGAGGAACUCGGUGGGCGUUGCCGAAGAUCCGGCUUCAGGCGCCAUCUACUCUGUCGAGAACAGCGUUGACAACUUCGCGAGAAAUGGCGAGAAUGUCCACCAGAACAAUCCUGGUGAGGAGAUGAACUACCACGGAUUCCUGAACGGGACCGCUACUGAACAACAAGGCGGGAAUUAUGGCUACCCUAGUUGCUUUGCGGCUUGGGACGUUGACGAGAUCCCGAACAAUAAUGGCAUACAGACUGGCUCGCAGGUUGCAAUUGGCAAUCAGACUGAUACUGUGAACGACAAUCUAUGCCAGAACGACCGAGUAGCCCCAAGACUGACAUUCGCCGCUCAUAUGGCUCCCCUUGAUUUGAAGUUCAACACCGAAGGCACUGCGGCUUGGGUGGCAUUCCACGGUUCUUGGAACCGCGACGAGCCCAUAGGCUACAAACUCAGCCUUGUUCAGUUUGACGGUAACGGCUCACCCAUCGCUUCGUCUGACAGCCAGACUGCAGCCAUCGACAUUGUAGCAAACCCAGACAUGUCCGCGUGUCCCGGUAGUUGUUUCCGACCUGUAGGACUUGCAUGGGACAGCCAAGGUAGGCUUUUCAUGAGCAGCGAUUCGACUGGCGAGAUCUAUGUCGUGACUAGGGAUGAUGGUAGUGGUGUGAACGAUGUGAGUGAAGGCCCAGUGGUCGUGGCACCAAGCGGGACACCAAGCGGGCGGCCGACCGCCUCACCAAGUGCGACGACGACGAGUGGUGCGUCGCAGCCUACUGGUAGUGCUCAGAGUAAGGCGGGCAUGAAUGAGGCAAGUUAUUGGCUUUUGGGCGCGGGGUUCGUUGGUGCGCUACAGAUGGUCUGAGAACAUCAAACAAGUGCUGUGGUAUCGGGCUGGAACGUUUGAACUCGUGGCCAAAAUCCUAUGACAUGAGUCCUGUAGGUAUAUCUGGAGUUUCUCAAAAAUGACAAGCGUUGACUGUAACUCCUGUCUAUCUCUGUUUUGUUUCGUGAUUUCUUCUCGAGUUCUGCAUUUCUCUAACUUCUUCAUAAUGACAAUGUAGUCUUUGGGGAGAAGAGGGGUUUAAGGAGCAAAGAGCACGGAGAGCCAAUCAACCUCAUCGCUCCUUC